AUGCCCCCACCCGAGCACUCCAAGUUCAAGAACAUCUUUGCGCAGCCUGCAGGAGCCAAGGGCCUCUACACCAGCAUCAAAGUCGAGGGAACCGCUCCCACAAAAGUCAAGGUUAGUAUGCAUGGCUUGGCCUCCAAGUCUUGGCCAAGCACGCAGGUUUGGCUAAUCAGAGAAUCCGCCUCUCAGUCCAAUGAGCUCCCCGUAAAGCUAGGGAUGCAGCCUCCUGUUUCGUUAGUUCACAACAAGCCCGUGCAGGAGUAUGCCUUCUCUCCAUACGAGCCGUCCAUCAUCGCCAGUAGCACCAAGCUUGAUGGUCUGGUCCGUGUCUGGAAACUCGAUUCAUUCGAACCUGAAGCCGAAUACACCCCUGUCGCAAUUGAUUCCGCCGCCAUGUAUCUUGCCGGACACGAAAAGCGGGUGGAUCUGAUUAAAUUUCACCCAACCGCCGGAAACAUCCUCGCGACGUCCGACUCGACCUUGAAGCUGUGGGAAAUCCAAGAAAUGCAGGACCGCCUGUGCAUCGUCUGUCCUGGCGAAUCUUCCUUCCAGAGCUUUUCGUUCGACUACUGCGGCGACAACAUUGUUGCCUCUGCCCUAGACGGAUUUAUCCACCUCUAUGAUCCUAGAUCGGGCGCAGAUCCUGUAAAGUCUAUUCUCUCGGAGCAUGUGCCUGGCAAGGGAGCCCGCGUUUGCUGGCUUGCGCCCGACCAGUUUUUCAUCAGCACCGGGUUCAACAAGCAGGGUGUGCGAGAAAUCGCUCUCUGGUCGAUCGAAAAUCUCUCGACUCCUGUCCAGACUUGCCCCGUCACCGGUUCCGGCACAACCGUCCUCCUCCCGUUCUGGGAUGCUGCGCUUCCGCUUGUGUAUUUUGGCUCCAAAGGCGAAGGCAUUCGGGUGUUUGAGCUUGCAGACGGAGCACUCCGGUUUCUCUCGACACUGCCCAUCGAGAAACAGCUUACAGCUAUCGAUAUAUUGCCAAAAACCAUCUGUGAUAUUUCAAAAUGCGAAGUUGCAAGGUUUACAAAGCUUGGCACCGACAACACCCUCGAUGUUCUCUCGCUGUGUGUUCCAAGGGUCAACUCGGACACUGUAUUCCAGCAGGACAUCUUCCCUUCCGCUGCGGUCAUCAACAGGGAAGCUACUUCUACACAGUACUUUGACCAAAACCAAUCCAUCGAACCCACCAUGGUCGACAUGUACGCCCCCAAAGUAGAGGUUGAUCCGGCUCUGCCCGAGCUCCCGCCCAAGACCAUCAAAACAUCUCUAUCCCGGUCAACUACCACGCUCCGACGAGCAAGUACCGUAAAAUCCUUGCACGCGAGUCGAUCCCCCCGCCCCUCGACUGCAGAAUCCAUCUCGAACUCGUCCGCAUCUCUUGCAGUAUCGGGGCCGGCAGUUCACAUGGAUGGAUUUGCUUACAAGGCCAUUCGAGGCUGGUUUGGCGUCACUUGGGAAAAGAUCUAUCUCUCUCUCAAACGUACCAAGCUCUAUAUUUCGCAGGACGCCGACUCUGACCCGAUUGCCCAAAUAUCCUUGGGUGCAACUCGUCGCGUUGAAGCUUUUGCCGUCGGUGUUGUAGACUCGGGGAUGCUCCUUGAGACCCAGGACGGAAACAUCAUCCAGCUUCGUUGGGACGUUGUCGAGGAGCGGGAUGCCUGGAUAUCCUGUGUCCGCGGACUUGCUAAAGGAGUCCGGUCCUCGCUCAGUCCCUCGCAGUCCGGACUGGUUCCAAGCCGCUCCACCGAGAACACUUCGCUGGGCGGCCUUCACAAGAGUUCGUCAAGCAUCCUCGCUGCAUCCGCUAUGGCACCUCAGCCCGUCUAUAGCACUCGCGAUGGUGCCCGGCUGCUUGGAACUCUGUCAGUGUACACCAUCGAGUCUCGGCGCGAAGCUUGGGCCGCUCGGCUGGUGAUGCUUGACCAAGACGGCCUCCUCCACAUUUAUUCCGACAACAUGAAACUCUAUCUACAAGGGGCGUCCCCGUUGGAAAGCGUCAAUCUGCGGUCAGUCAUAUCUGUGAGGUUAUCACAGCUUCGUAUCGAGACAUCUGCUUGGCCAUCGGCCACGACAGCCGACACAGGGUCAGCCGAUGGAUCCAGCUGCAGCUUCCACAUCAACACAACCAAGCGGGUACUUCAUUUUAAAACCCGGAACCCGCAAGAAGCCGCAAAUUGGGUCAUACAGAUUCAAAAGACCAUCGUCGAGCUUGGCCUGGCUGCAAGCGACUUUGUCGCUGAUGAGUGUCCCGAAGGGCUGGUUACCGUCCAAACCGACCUCGAAGGCCACCCCGGCGGCCGCCUCUGGCUCACAGUAAUAGACGGGUCUUUCUAUUAUUUCUCGGGCCCGUGGUCGACAACGCCUGUAUACGUCCUAGCCGUUGCCAACAUUGACGAAUCGUGGAUUAAGGAGCCAGUCGCUGGCCCGCAACAGCAAGUGUCGUAUGAGUUCACUCUGGCUCUGAGAGACUCGAGAUACUGUACCCACAAGCUCUCGUCGCUGGCUGACAAGAGCUAUUGGAUAGGCCAUCUGCUUCAGAUCAAGCGCCAGAGCUUUGAUCUGCUUGGAAGGCUUGGUGUGUCCCUCGAUCAAACGCUCAAGGCCGAGCUGUCCAAAGCCAAGGCGGGUGAUCUCUUUGCUACAAGCGAUGAACGAAUCCAGGCCAUUGACGAACAAAAGCUUUCGAAAGGCGAGCAGCGUGCCUUGAUUGCUGUGAUGGGAAAGAUUCGGCUGGUCAUUUCGACUGUCAAGCUCUCAUCAGCCUCGCUGAGACGGCAUGCAGCAUAUGUCGUCGAUGCAGGCUCGACCAUCUACCACUUUGGCGGCGAACAGUCCACCCGUGUUUGCCGCGCAAAGGCCAUGGAUAUCGCUUGCAGGAUCAGAAAGGAUCGAAGCAACCGCCCAACCGUUACUCUGGUGGAACGGGACGACAGGCAGCUUUGGGCAGCGCUUCAGCGACAAUUCGGUCUUUGCUUUGGCGACGACCCACCCUCGCAAGCCGACUGUGACUUGGACAAAUGCUCUCAGGCCAGAAUCUUCCGCGUAACCAAUUCUAAUCUGCGACGACGAAGGCUCGAGAUCGUUUACGAGGGACCCGCCCCCUCAAAGUCGCUGCUCAAGUCCGACAGCGUUUACGUUGUUCAGUGCUGUAAUGAGGUGCUCGUAUGGUUCGGCAAGGGUUCUAACUCGGAGCAUCGAAGCCUUGCCGGCUUGGUUGUCCAGAAGCUUGCGUCACAAAUGGCCGAGUCCGUUGGCAGCCAAGGGCAAGUGACCGUCGUGCCGGCGGUGGAGGGAAUGGAGACGGUGUACUGGAGAGAAAAGUUUGUCGACUAUGAGGGCUCUCUGCCCAUCAGUAUGAGAAUCGAUGAAGCCAAGGGAAACGUUGCCACAGCUAUUCAGCAGGCUCCAAUCGACAUCAGCACUCUCUUGGUUCCAAAGCCGCCUUUGCAGACUGUCCUUGACGAUGGCCAGGGCAAGAUCAGCAUCUGGCGAGUCAAGGACUUUGAUAAAGAGCCUGUCGCCAGCCACUUGGCAGGCCAAUUCUUUACCAGUGAAAGCUACAUCGUUUUAUACACCUACCGGCCAAAGAACUCUGGCGUCGAGCGAUGUGUCAGCUACUUCUGGCAAGGAUCGCAGAGCUCCAUUACGCAGAAAGGCACCAGCGCACUGAUGACGAUUGAGCUCUGCCAGCAAACUGGGGGAGAAGUGGACCAAAUUCGUGUUGUUGAAGGCAAAGAGCCGCUGCAUCUCUUUGUGAUUCUGGGAAGCAAGCUAAUCUUGAUCCGGUCAGGCAGAUGGGACAAUGUGCCCAGUACAAUCGCAUUUGAUGUUCGCGAGACUUUCCAGGGUGUUCACAAGGCAGUCCAGGUGGAAGUCAAUGAGCUCAAGUUCCAUCCAGACUCUUCUGUCGUCGUAAUUCAUGAAAGCAAGGUUUUCUACUGGUACGGCCACAACGUCAAAGGAUCUCAGCAGUCGCUUCAGCCUCUUCUCGAUGAAGUCGUUCGUCGGGCUCGUCCCUCAUCUUCAAAUCUCCCCAGAGAAAUUGCCAUCGACGAUACAGCCGGGUUGCCGUCGAGCCUGGGCGCUGUUCUCAAAUCGAACGGUCACGGACUUGGAAUUGCCGACCUCCGCAACAGCCGCGUCCUUCGUCAAGCUCGGCUUUUCUCGUGCACCAGCGCCAGCGGCUCUGUCAAGGCAAGUCAGAUUUAUCACUUUGUACAAGACGAUCUUGAUACGAAUGCCGUUAUGCUGCUGAUCACCGGAAGCCAGUUCUAUGUGUGGUUCGGAGUCACCGCAAAGGCGCGAGAAAAGACGAUCGGUAUCGACACCAUCCAGGUGGGACCCUGCGCCGUGCUGAGCGGCGAUACAAUGCGCAAGUUGUGUCUGUGGGCACCAAUAUGGGUCACCCAGGCUUUCCAAGAACCAGACGAGUUCUCGAGCUGCUUUCAUGGUAAAGACCGUUGUGCUCCAGCCCGAUUGGCAUCUGAACGACAUCUCCUGGCUCUCAAACGGCCGGUGGCUGAAGUUGUCGCCGAGCUUCAGCAAGAUGUAUUUUCAGUCGAUGUCUUGCUCUCCGAGAAUGUUCCCGAGCACCUGGAUAAGACCAAAUUGGAGAUGUAUCUGGAUGACAAAGACUUCAGCGACCUAUUUGGCAUAAAGAAAGCCGACUACCUUAAGCUUGCCGGCUGGAAGCGAGACCAGGUCAAGAAGGCAGUUGGGUUCUUCUGA